AUGGUCCCCCGCCGUCGCUUUAGCCGCCGGUUCGCUGCCUUAGCUGCCAUCCUCGCCCUCCUCUUCCUAUACCACAUCUUUACUCUCCACUCCGAUCUCCAACCCCGACGUCAACCACCCGCCCCGAACAGCGCUGGCCGCCCCGACCCCGAAAUAACCGGUGAACCCGCCCCGGUGUGUCCCCCGCUUCCGGGUAUCGAGGAUGUCCUGGUUGUGAUGAAGACGGGCGUGACCGAGGCCAAGGAUAAGGUCCCGGUUCACUUCCAGAGCACGUUGCGCUGUAUCCCGCACUAUGUCAUCUACUCCGAUUUCGAGGAGGAGAUUGACGGCGUCAAGAUCCAUGACGUGCUGCGCAGUAUGGAUUCGGAGGUUACGCAGCAAAUCCCCGACUUUGACAUCUAUAAUCGCAUCAAGAAACUCGGGCGCAAGGGUUUGGAGCAGGGCGAUUUCGCGGACGAGGCCAAUUCCGCCAUCGGCAAACCAAACAAUCCGGGCUGGAAACUGGAUAAAUGGAAGUUCUUACCGAUGGCGCAAGAGGCAUUGCGCUAUCAGCCCAAUGCUAAGUGGUUCGUCUUCAUGGAGGCGGACACUUAUGUCUCAUGGCCGACUCUGCUAGCCUGGCUCAGUCACUUUGAUCACAAGAAACCGUGGUAUCUGGGUACGGAAACCCAAAUCGCAGACGUCAUCUUCGCCCAUGGCGGUUCGGGCUUCAUGCUCUCGAAUCCAGCCCUGCAACUCGCUUCGAACGAAUACGCCGCUCGUCGCACCGAGCUUCACCACUAUACAAACGAGCACUGGGCUGGCGAUUGCGUCCUGGGCAAGGUACUGGCUGACGCCGGCGUCAACCUCCACUUCUCCUGGCCGAUCCUACAAAACUCCAACAUGGGAGAACUAGACCAAUUUACGACAGAACUAUACCGACUCCCAUGGUGCUUCUUAGCAGUGGCAUUCCACCACCUCAACACACGCCAAAUCCAAGACCUCUGGAACUUUGAACAAAAGCGCUGGCGCGAUAAAAACAAGCGCAUUCUCCUGCACAGCGACGUCUUCCGCGAAUACCUCUACCCCGAAAUCGCCGCACACCCCACAAGACCUGACUGGGAUAACCUAGCCACCGAAGACCAACCCUUCGCAUCCUCCUACGACGACUGCCGCGAUAUCUGCGAACUCCAAAAAGAAUGUGUACAAUUCUCCUUCCGCGAUAAUACCUGCUUCACAAGCUCGAAUCCACGACUUGGUUCGGCGAAUCCCAACGCCUCGUCGGGCUGGUUGACGAGCCGUAUUCGUGAGAAGAUGGAUAAGAGCGGGAUAUGCAAGGCGCCCGAGUUCGGGGCGGGAUAG